AUGCUUGCAAUCUUUUACUUAUUUGUAUUAUGUUUAUGUACCCCAGUUCCAGCUGAUACUGAAUUAAAGGCUGUCACCAAUAUACUUGGUCAAAUAAGUGCUCCACCAUCUACAUCUACACUCACUGAACGCCAUACUAUAGAGCCACUUUACAAGAUCGACCCUAGUGCCAAACCAAGUAUAUCUUUCAACAAUAAAGAUGAGAUUUUGAAUUAUGAAAGGAGACUAGCCAAUGAAGGAAAAAAAUACUUAUUGGGCAAAUAA